AUGGAAGCCUGUCCUCUGCAGCUGCCCCAAAGGCUGCUCCUGCUGGGGGCAACUGCCCUGACUGCGUCUGCUCUGCACACAGGGGACCUGGUGGACCUGUGCGGCCGGACGUGGCAGGCGGACGGGCUGCUGCUACGCUCGCACUCCGCGUCGCGCCGCUUCUACUUCGUGGCCCCAGACACCGACAGCAGGCUCUGGAUGCGGGCGGCGACCCCCGGCGACAGGAUCCGCUUCCAGUUCCGCUUCUUCCUGGUCUGCAGCCUGACCCCGGCGGCGCCCAACACCUCCUCCCCGGCGCCGGCGCCGGAGGACCCCUGCGCACCCGGGUCCUACCUGCAGUUCUACGAGGGCCCACCGGGGGCGCCAUGGCCCUUGGGGGCCCGGUUCUGCGGCCUGACCAUCACUGGGCCGGUGGCGUCCUCCGGGGACUUCCUGGGCCUGCGCCUGGUCACCAGAGGCCGCCAGCCCCGCGUGGAUUUCGUAGGCGAAGUCUCCUCUUUCCGGUUGGGAUGCUGUUGUGCCUACUUCCGAUGUCAGAACAGCCGGUGUGUCCCCCCGAGGCUGGUGUGCGAUCCCUGGGCGGACAACUGUGGUGAUGGCAGUGACCAGACUUCUUGGCCAGCAGCUAACUGCAGAGAGCUGUUAUUUGCCACUGCCGGUCCCUCUCCGGUGCCCAGCCAGGAAGGGAGUACGGAUGAUGGUACCUCCGGGCCCCUGACUCUUCCCCCAGGUUUCGGGUCUGCGGGCCCCCUGGGGAUGGCAGCUGAGAGGAGCUCCCCAGCACGCCGGGACCCUGCACGACAGGAUGCCGCUCCGGAAGCCGGCUGGCUUGGGGGGCUGGUGGUGUGCACCAUCUGUUACACACGUCCUGGCCAGGUGGCCCCUGGGGGCCUGCGGCUGAGUGAGCCAGGGCUGUCUAACCUUGGGCAGAUCAUAUAA